UUGAUUGGGUGGUAGUACAAUGUGUUUGUUCAAGUAGCGUUUGUUUAGAUAUCUUCUCAAAGAAACGCGCUCCCCAACCAAGAUUAUCAAGUUGGUGUUUCACUUGGUUUUUGGUUUAGUUUUAUCAAGUUGGUUUUGGCGCUUACAGUAAAGCUUGUAUUAGUCAAGGACCAUCAACCGUGACAUAAUACCUGUAUUAGCAUCCCUUUGAUUAGUGUGUCUAUGAUGGUUAAUUUUACAAUGUUGCUUUACUGUUUUAUGACUCCACACUUUGCCAUAUUUUUUAUUCUGUUUCAGCCUUGGAAAAGAUGGUGACAACUAAGAGGGGUGGUGAUCUCACAACAAGCUCGCAUAAGAAUGAAAGAGCUUGCAACGCUGGAGAAGGGACAAACGAAUCAUUGAUCUCAGGCAACUUACUUGGAGACUCUAAUCAAGACGUCUUGACUAAGCUCAGUGAUGAAGUUGCAUCAGAUUUGUCUAAAAGUGUUGUCUCACUUGCUUUGUCUAAUGGGGGUACAGUGUUAUUUGCAUGCUCGGGCAUAGCUAUACAACGCCAAGGGUACGUUACAUGGUUCCUGACUUCAGCAAGUUUGGUUAGAGCUUUUAAUGAUGGAAAAAAAGUCCAUGGUAGCAUAAAGAUUGAAGUGCGCCAUGAAGGCAGUGAAGUGUACAGGGGAUUUUUGGCAGAAUAUAAUUUAGAUCACAACUUUGCUGCUGUCUACAUCAUGACCUUCCUUGAUGUUCAUGUCGUACUUCUCAAACGUGCAGAGGAAAUUCUGCCCCAUAGUAAUGUAGUAGCUGUAGGGCGUGACAUCUCUGGCAAAGUAAUAACCAGAAGUGUGAUACUGACUGGUGAUUUAAGCGGAUCUGAAGAUAGCAAAGAGCUUAUGCUGUCUACUUGUUACUCUGAGGCUUGGGAAGGUGGGCCACUUUUUCAUUUUGAUGGGAACUUUGUUGGCAUGAACGUUUCUUUGGUCAUGGAAAGAACCGUUUUCCUACCGUGGAGAAUAUUUAUCGAGCGGCUGGAGCUUGUUUGGACAUCUCGGCAAAAGAAGAAAUUUUUUCCAGAUUUAAAAUUUUUGAAGGCAGUCAGGCUUGGAGAAAGACCCACAGGUGACAUAUCUAACUGCCAUCCAGAGGGUGACAUUUCUAACUGCCAUCCGGAGGAGCCCUUUGGUGACGUAUUUGGUCAAGGUGUCUGGAGGGGACUCAGUAAACAAGUUUCUUCCAACAUACAGCGCAAUGUUGUUGCACUUGCUUCAUUCAAUGGAGAGACAAGGUUUUUUGCAUGCACAGGCUUUUUUAUUGAGUGGAAUGGAUCUACAACUAUUCUGACAUCAGCGAGCUUGGUUAGAAGUUCUGGUAAUAAUAACAAGAUUGAAGAAAACUUGAGGAUUGAAGUGUAUACAAAUGGACGGCGUAGAGAAGGGACAUUACAGCAUUAUAGUCUGCAUUACAAUGUUGCUCUAGUCAGUGUCAAGGAUUACCGUCCUCUUCGUCCAGCAAAUAUUCAGCUUCAGUACUAUAUGUGUUCUGAAUUAGCAGCUGUAGGGCGUUGCUUCAAAUCAGGAACAUUAAUGGCUGCAAAUGGGCUACUGGUUGACUGGACGGGCACACUUGAUUGCAAGUUCCUUGUGCGUUCCUCAUGUAAAAUCUCCAAGGCUGGGAUUGGAGGACCCCUUGUUGACUUUGACGGGAAAGUUAUUGGCAUGAACUUCUAUGAUAAAAAAAUAGGAACCCCUUUCCUGUUAUGGAAGACGAUUCACAAAAUUUUGGCACAUUUUAAGGAAACGAAAAAAAGCACUGUUGCUGAGCCUGGCAAUGAUAGUGAUCCAUCUGGUGUGCCUUACUGGAAAAUGGCUGGAGAUCCAAGUGUUCGUCCAAACAGGUGGCCUGUGUCCAUGCCAUAUCGGCGUCGGCGUGACGAUCUGAGUGAGGAUGAAUCUGAGCUCCCAUCCGGCCUCGUCGGGAGAUACACAUAUAGAAAUGGAAAGAGAUAUUUAUACAAAAGUCAUCGCCCCCUUGCUCUACUCAGUUGAUUUGCUCUCUCCGUGUCUUUGCUGGUGAACCUGUUUUGAGUUGCCUAGCACUCACGAAGUACCUGUGGCUACAUUUGCUGUGCCCUUUGUUAAGUUGUCACAACGGUCUGUUGUCCGGUCCUGUCAUAUUGCAUGUGCUGUGCUUCGUUUAUUUUUCCGUCAGAGUUAUCCAGUGUUUAGUUGUCAAACACAACCUGUGCUGUGCUUAGCUUACACUGUCG